CAGUUGUACGAACAACAAUGUGUCUCCUGGCUUUGACAGUUAUCUUUUCCUUCAGUAAAGCAAUAUGUAUAUCAAACAAUGUGGAAUUCUUCAUUUUCAAAACGUUCCCUAGCAUGGAUGGAAAAAUAGCAAUGCAACCGGCAAUCUUUUAUCUGAACCAUAGUUCGCCAGUACAAUGUCUCCGAAGAUGCACUACGACACACGGCUGUGUUUCAGUGUUCUUGUCAGCUGGUUCAGUCUGCCAGGGACACUUACAAGUGUUUGAGACGACCACUCCAUUUCUGUUCUCUAAACCCGGGGUAGUUUACUACGUUUCGAAGGAUCAUGCAGAAAUGUCGUGCGAGACGAUUGGAUAUGCAUGGAAUUCUGCACUGUACAUUUGUUACAAGCUUUACACAGAACCAAAAAUUGCAACGAAAGCGAAGGACCAAUGCACCAAUGAUCACCCUGAAAGUCGACUGUUGCUGGUGGACUCUGAUGCCAUCUUUGACUUUCAUUUAACAAUCAUGGAAACCAUGACAGUAUAUAUUCAAGGAACACGCUCCAAUGGAUCCACCUUCGUUGAUGAUGAUGGUCAGACAAUGACUUACUUUAGGUGGGACGACGGAGAACCCUAUGUGGAUGGCAACUACCUUCGAACUGAUGACGUAACACUUCUACAGGAGACUUCAGAGGGAACGUAUCCCUACCACUACAUCUGUAGGCAUUACGGAAUCUCGCCCGUUGUGAUUUAGGUUUUACUAUAACUCAUUCAUAUGAUUGUCAAUAUGACUCCAGUAUUAUCAAUUUAAUGGAGUAAACAAGACACUUAUACCAUGAACGAUGGAUCUUUCUUCUCUGCGAUUUUAGUAUCAUUGAUUCUUGUAAAGGUAACAGUGACACCAAAUGAAAAGCCAGUAGGGCUCUUACAGUCAAAGAGGUGAAAUGGUGUUUAGAAAUGAAACGUGAAAUGCAAGUCGGUCGUUCUAAUAUGUGGGGGACGUAUAAAACAUCUAAUUGUAUUUUACAUGUUGGUUUUUAGCCAUUGUAUGAGUUUGUAAAAUUAUAAACAAUGAUAAAUACA